AUGGGACCGACAAAUAAAAUAUUUCUCAAGGAAGUCACCUUAGGACUACGAUUUCUGAUUCUUACCGUGCGAGAUAAUCCUGAGAAGUGGGUUGAAUCUGUUCGAGCGACAAUUUUCCCCGUCAAAUCUACUAAAGAAUCUGAUUCCAAUUCAGCACGGCAAGAAUUUUUAGAUUCCUUUUACGCUUGUGUGGCAAAAGUUCAUGGUGUUGACCCAGAAGAACCAGAAACUGAUUUACGGAAGUUUUAUUUAGAUUGGAAUGAAGAAGUGAAAAGGAAUGUCAAGGAAGAAAAUUUGUUAAUUUUUAAUGUUAAAGAGGGUUGGGAUCCUCUAUGUAAGUUUUUAGGUGUUCCACAGCUAAGCAGCCACUUCCUAAUGUGA